AUGGUCAAGGCAGAUGUUAAACGGGACUACUACGCGGACUUGGAUCUCCCUCCUACCGCUGAUGCAGAGGAGAUCAAAAAGCAAUUCAGACUUCUGGCGAAACAAUAUCAUCCAGACCGAAACCCUGGUCACGAAGUCGAGGUCGUGCCUAAGUUCCAAGCCGUUCAAGCCGCCCAUGAAAUUCUAAGCGAUCCUGUAGAGAAGGCCAAAUAUGAUGCUGGUCGGGCAAGACUGGCUGCUAAGACCGCCGCGACUGCUUCAACAGCAUAUUCUUCCGAUCCUUACGGUCUAAGACCGACCAACUCCAAAGCGAGUCCUGCCGCAAAACAACAAUUUCCCUUUCCUCCGCCUCCCAAGCCGGCGCAAAAUCGUGCGCAGUUUCCCACGGCAAAUCAGAAACAGCAGGCGUCUUCGGGUGCCGAUAAGUUCAAUGCGUUCACUAGAGGAGUACCACAAUCAUGGGAUCGGGCGAAGUACGAUGAGGCGCGGGCGGAGGCCGCAAGAGUUUUCCCUACCAUGAGGCCUACAUCUUCUGCUCAACAAAUGCCACCACGGUCGACACCCAGGCAGGCCCCUACUGCUCCCAAACCCCCUUCCAACGCGGAAAUGCCAUACGUGCCGAACAUACCGCCCACGAGUUUCCCGGGUUUAUCUAGGACAGCAAGCUCAAGAAAGCCAGACUACCACAGCGCAGACGCGCCGCAGUUUCCUCGUUCGGCUUUCUCUUACGUUCAAGGGACGCGCGGGCAGCCGCCUCCCAACCCACAUAUCCAUGCCCCAGACAACCAGUCCAUGCGGUCGCCUCCCGUUUCUCGAGCUAGGCCUGCGGUCAGUCCUCUACGGCAUGCCCGAUCUUCUGACUAUGACAUGAGAAGCGAUCUUCUUGGAGGUCGUCCGUCGUCAAGAUAUGCUGGAGGUGGCGGGGAACGAACAGACAUCAAUGGAGACGGCAUACAUCGUUCGUCCAGCGUUCGCAACUCACCAGUCGAUGAUCGGGGACCUUUUGGCAGGCCCUCGACUCGUUACGAGAGUAUUCCACGUCAUCGGAGUGCUAGUCCUGGGAUGCGAAACGCAGGAAUACAUGCAGAUUUCUCGGAGACCUCAUCGAGUGAGGAAGAACCACUGCAUAUGCAUCCCAGGCCGAAGGCUGUCCCUCGGAGCCGACCACAAGUCAGAACAGGACUCAGUUAUGAUGCAGACAACAACCCGGGUUUGACGGGUCAGUUCCCCAGUACUAACUAUACUAGAAUCGUCGAUGACAGUCGUUAUCACUACCCCCCUCCUCCCGAAUCGAAAGAAUCGACACGCAAACCGUUCCCAAGCAUGACAUCCCCAGAUGUGGAGGCGCCCAAGGCUAAUGUGUUUCAUGGUGACGGAGGAGGUUCGGACAAACCCAAGUAUGCUCCCUUUUUCUUGGAUUCCCGCACAUGGUCCCGAGGAUACCGAAGUGGUGGUACUGCCCAGAGAGGAUAUUCCUUUAACGGCUUUCCGUCGUGGGCGGUCCCUUCGAGUGUUUUCCCGCAGGUCACGCCUCCCCGGUCUCAUGGACAGAACAGUGACACCCUCAGGGCGGGAGGCAGUCGUGAUUUCGUUCAGUCGUGGAACAAUAGGACUAACCCAAGCUUCAGUAAUGACUCGGCCCAACCGAAAGUCCAGACAACAUUCUCGGCGGCGGAUUGGCAUGACAAGGUGACAGCCGAAGACAUCUUCCGCCCGGAUGAGUCUCAAACGCGCAAGUCCCCCUCGAAACUGAACCGAAACGGAAGUAAACCGACGUCGCGAGGAAGAGCACAAUCGCGGUCGGCAGAGCACGAACCCGCUUCCCCGUCUGAGAUUCCCAACGGUCACGGAGAAGACAAGUCGACGGCAUUCCAACCUGGAAAGUUAGGUGAUGACUGGGCUGCCAGAGCGACGGCGAGACAAGCCCCCCUCAAUCCGAGGGCAAGCCCCGGAUCCGACACGACGGACGAUUCAAGAGAUCGCUACAUUGUGGUAGAAGAAGACGCAAUGGAUGUCGACACGCCGCCAACCAACGACGACACUAAGGCCCCUGCCUCGAAUGGCAUCAAAUAUGCAGUCAACGCGGGACCGCCCCGCGCCGAACCGAAGCGGCGGUCGACGAACGGAGGCGUGGACCUGAAGGAUUUCGCUCAACAAGCUCCAUUCGCGCCAACAUCGGCCGGGCUCAAAGGCAUGAAAGACGACCUCGAAACAUUCCUGCCAUUUGAGUCACGAGCGUCAAACGAGGUCAACCUCAACAGUACGCCGUCCGCACGGAUCCGGGCCUUGAAUCUCCCCAAACCACCCAAAAUUGUCAUUCCGCCGGCUGAGGAUCGGUUGGACAAGACCAAUUUUGCGCAGUACGUCGAGAAUAUGGAGCACUACAUGGGCGAGUGGAACAAAUUCAACGCGAAAAUGAUUGAGCAUUUCCGAGCGCGGCAGGAUCGCGUUUGCGGCACGAUGAGCCCGCACUGGAUUGCGCAGCCGAGUGAUGGGCCAGGGGCAGAUGCAUUGGACGCAGAUGGCUCUGGCGACAAGAAGGCAGGGUAUGGGGCGUAUAUGCAGUGGCUGAAAGACGACGCGCAAUGUCGGAACUGGUGGGAAGAGGCCAACGAAAAGCAUUUGCAGUGUUUGGAAGAUCUGGGAAGAACCAGGCAGGUUGCGAAGCGCACGUUGCGGCCUUGA